CAACAUGACCACAAUAUCAACCUAUACCGUGCCCGUCGCAGAGGGAAAGUACCCGACUGUCUUUCAUCGGGAGUUUCUAGUCGAGCAGCGCGCAGAUCCUACAUACACAGUCCAGCCUCAGUCAACGACGAUACCGCCCCCCACGCAAAGUGCCUUGUUGCUCAAGGGUGUGGGGGAGAAAUAUACCCUCGUGACGGAUCAUGCCAUACCCACGAUCUCCAAGAAGGAUGAGAUUUUAGUCAAGAUCCAAGCCGUCGGUCUGAACCCGGUGGAUUGGAAAGGCCCAGCAUACAACUUCGGCAUCCCCGCCCUCCCAUGGAUCAAUGGCCGAGAUCUAGCAGGCACAGUCAUCCAAGUGAACGACGAGAACAGUCGCGUGCACGUCGGCGAUAAAGUCCUCGUCCCCUCGACCGAUUACCGAGAUAUCCGCAAGGCCGCGUUUCAGGAAUACGCGGUCGCGACACACUUUAACGCUGCGCGCAUACCGUCUAGUUCGGAUGUACAUGCAUCCGCAUCGCUAGGCGUCGCGUUCGUGGCGUCGGUGCUGGCGUUGGGAGUGUCGCUGGGGUUGGAUUUCAGGGGGAGUCGGUGUCCGGGGCCGGAUUUGCAGGAUGUACUUGAGGGGUUGGAUGUGGAGGGGAUACCGGGGGAUAUUCGCGGGGAGUGUUUUGCGUCGGUGGCGGAGGGGGAACGGUUGAGAAGGGGGGAUUGGGUUGCGAUAUGGGGAGCGUCUACAACGACGGGGUAUAUUACCCUGCAGCUGGCCAAGUUGGCCGGGUUACAUGUCGUCUGUGUGGCGGAUAUCGCCCGGCAUGGGGCACGAUUGCAUCAACUGGGUGCGGAUGUUCUGGUCGACAGACAGGAUACGGAGCGCGCCGUGGAUAUCAUCCGUGGUGUGACGAAGGGGAAGUUGCGAUAUGCGGUGGAUAUCGUUGGGGCGGAGACAGCAGGUUUAUUAGAGCGGACGCUGGAUGAUACAAUCCGUGAGGAUGGAUCGCAUGCGCAUUUACUCGGAUUGACGGGGUUACCGAAAGAGCGGAAACCCGGGGUGGUGUAUCAUACGGUGCCGAUCAAGCUGUUUCAUACGUCGCCGGUGGUGGGCGAGAAGAUGGUAUCCUGGUUGGAGAGGUUGCUCGAGACGGGCGCGUUGCAAUUGCCCGAGAUUGUCCGCCAUGAGGGGGGAUUGAGCAGUAUUAAUGAGUCGUUGGAGGUGUUGCGACAGGGGAGUGUAUCGGGGAAGAGAAUCGUGGUGGAUUUGGGAUUAUGAUUGAUGUACAUGAUUGAAUUAGACGGAUAGAUGAUUGUUACCCAGGUAGAUCAUACAUGACAAGAACUUACUAC